AUGGACUUUUUACACCUACCGUUGAACCCCCUCCUCCCUCUCCCACGCAUUGAGAUCCCCGACCCAACAGAAUACAAAUAUGAUGGAGACAAAUUUUUACAGUAUCCGGAUAGUCAGGGCUGGGGUACACGCCGGCGUGAAGAAUGGAUCAAGUUAUUCGAUAAUCCUCCUCGGUCUUUCGUGGUCUUCCUGGAGCGCUGGUUUCUGUUUGGCAUGCUACAUGGACUCUUUGGCAGCGAAGCCAGGAUUGAAAAAUUUAUUCGUCAUGACGGAGAGUCAUCAGUCCCAGUCCUGACCAUGGAGCAUCUCCCCGGCCUGUUCGAUAGCCUAAAUAAAGAGAGUGGGCCGUUGAGAUUAGUGGAAGCUUUCUCAAACGCUCCGUUGCUGCAUCUGCAACUCAGUUUGCGGGUAAAGAAUGCCAGCGAUGCCAAUGAUCCAGACCUACGAUAUACGAAGAUUUCAUUAAUCGACGGCCUUACCAACUUGAAUAUUCAGGAUCCCCGGUCACCAAUGAUAGUCCUGGUCACUACUAUCCUUUUCGAAAUGAUGUUCAAUUGGCUUCAUUAUCAAGGAUCGCAGCCCGUCGAAGACAAAGGCGGCUCCGCUCACCUUUUUUACCACCCGUGA